CAUCUGCAGUAGAGAAAUCAAAAUACUAGUCGUCAUUAUGAUAACCUUCAAAAUUUCAAAAUUUUUAGUGCCAUAUUUUUGACCCUUAAUGCAAGCUGAAAUGCUUGUUUAUGAAAAAUCUCUUAUGUCGUGUUGCAAUAUAACGUAUAGAUAAGGUUUCCUAACAAAACAAUCUGUUGUUAACGAUAAGUAAAUUUCUGAAAAUUCCAAGUGAUAAAGUAAUUUGCAGAUAUCAUUAUGAAUAAAAACAAGCUUUUACAGAACAUUUUUUUCGGAUUUAAUAAGAAUGUUGGAAAUUCUCGUUUUGUCAGUUCUGAAACUCAUGGUAAAUUGGAAUUGAAUAAAGUAUUAAUUCUUUCCAAACUCACAAGGUACGACUAUGAAAGAAUGAAAUUUAAGGAACUAAACGACAAUGAAUUUGAGCAAACGUUGAGAAAUAGAGGAACUAAUCUCGAAAAAUUGAAAUACCACAAUAAUCUACAAAAAACAAAUGUUGCUAAAGUUGCAAAAGUCUUGAAGAAUAUGGGAAGUGAUGUGAAAAUUGUUAAUCGGUUCUCUUACAAUAAAAAUGCUAUAGAAUGGGCAGAUUGCGUCUUACCUGCUGGAGGAGAUGGAACAUUUCUUUUCGCUGCAAGUUUAAUAAAAAACAGUAACAUACCUGUGAUAGGUAUCAAUUCAGAUCCCAACCGUUCAGAAGGUUUUCUGUGCUUACCAAAGAAAUAUUCGUCUGAACCACAAGAGGCCUUCGAGAAAUUUAGAGCUGGAUCAUUCAAAUGGACGUUUAGAAGUAGAAUACGUAGUAAAAUUGUCGGUGCUACCAAAAUGGAACCAAAGCUAUUACAUCAAAUACCUUUUUAUGAUGCUCAGAAAGUAUUAGAAAAGGAAUGGGAAAAGGUUAAUUCAAAUGGUGGUAAAUUAUUACCAGUCCUUGCACUCAAUGAGAUUUUCCUUGGCGAAACGUUGUCAGCGAAAGUAUCACAUCUUCAACUUAAUUUCAAUGACGCAGAUCACUUUACCAAUACAAAAUGCUCAGGAUUAUGUAUUUGUACAGGAACAGGGUCAACUUCUUGGUUUUACAGUAUUAACAGAAUUUCAGUACAAUCUGUAGCUGAAAUAUUGCGGUUGAUGAAUAUGAAUCCAACUGAAGAUAAAAAUAGCUUGGCUACAAUUUAUGCUGACAUGUAUAAUUACAAUUUGAAGUUUGCUCCAGAUGACGAUAGAAUGGGUUUCAGUAUUAGAGACAUGAUACAAGGUGGAGUUUGGCCAGAUCCAAAAGGACUGAAACCUAGGGGAUUCGCAAAGAAAAUUGUAGUGAAAUCAAACUGUGAUGAUGCCUAUAUUGUGGUAGAUGGAGGUUUAUCUUUUGCCUUCAACGAUGGAGCCACUGCUAUCUUUGAAUUGAAUCCUGAAGAUAAUUUAAGAACUGUUAUUUUAGAUUGAGGAUAUUCUUAAUCAGUGAAGACUGCUUCCUUAUAUAGCUAUUAAGGAAUUUAGAAUAAGAAUAAACACUUUUCUUAGAUGUAAUACUUAUAAAAUUUUUUAUGAUAGCAUUUGAUUGUAGAUUUUUUAUUCUAAACACUAUUUAUGUUUAUAUAACAUUCCACUUUUUUCAUUACAAGCUGUGAAUAAUUAUAAGAGCUAAAAUAAAAAAUUUUUAAACUAGAA